GGAAUUCACGUCAUUUCGUCGUUUACACAUCCAAACCAUUGAGCAGCACAACGGAGAUGUCCGCCUUUUAGUCCAGUCUUCCAGGAAGAGAAUUAACCAACGCGUCGCCGAAAUGUAGAUCGUAGCACCAACUGAAAACAAAGAACUUUCAAGCGCCUAUGAUAACUUCUUUAUUGUGCUGCUCAUAACCCUCCCAAAGUAAGGGAGUCGGGGUGUGGGUGUUUUUCUGCUUUAUUUCAAAGAGGAGAACGGGAAAGCAAAGUGGGAAGAGGAGAACUUCCUUGAAUUGAACGAGACAUGUCCGAUUCCCCGUUGCAGAUAACAACCAAGCAGGAGAGAAGCUCAUUCAGUCCUUCCUCGGCCAGUCCUCUGCCAAACUCCACUUCCUCCCCUGUCCAUGCUCCCGCAGCCAGGCCAGCCAGCCGAAUGGAAGACGAGCCUGCCAGGCUGCCCGUGCACCUGCGCCUGCAGCCAGUGUUUUGGAACAGAGAGGACGUUGGCCAGUGGCUGCGUUGGGCUGAGAAGGAAUUUGCACUGCGACCCAUCACCAGCGGCAGUUUUCAGAUGAACGGCAAGGCCCUGCUCCUCCUCACUAAGGAGGACUUCCGCUACCGCUCACCCCACUCCGGCGAUGUCCUGUACGAGCUGUUGCAGCACAUCCUGAAGCAGAGAAAGCCCCUGGACUCCAACGCUUCCUCCUACUUUCCCGGCAACUCCUUUCACUCUCUGCCAGAGGGCGCUCUCCAGCACCACAAACUUGAAGAAACGGUACGGAGGACACCACGUGGUACAGAGCCCCUCCCCCAGCAUCCACCCACCAUUGAGCUCCGACACCGCUCCCGCUCCCCACACCAACCCGCUCUUCGCCGCUCUGCCCUAGAUCCCAACCACCCACGCCCUGGCGCCGAGGACCACCUCCAGACAUCCUCUCAGCUGCCCGACAGCAACCACCACUUGCCGGAAGACCUGUACCCUCUGUCGGUGUCCCCGGCUGCACCUAACGGGCGCUGCGCCACACCCCGCGAGGCCCCUUGCCCAGGCAGCCCGGGCUGCCAAGACCCUGCCCCGCCUCGCGUCAUCCAGCUCAUGCCCAGCGCUAUCAUGCACCCCUUGCUUCUCAGCCCGGGGCGGGGAGGUGCCGCUGUGGACUUCAGGCACGGUCGUGGGGGGCAUCCGCCUCAGACCCCUCACGAGAACGGGCGUGAGGGGAAGGGCCACCUGACACACCAGCUGGCCCUGGUCCACCAGCAGCAGCAGCAGCACAAGCUGCAUCAACAGGAGGAUGCGCUCUACAGGAACCAUCACGUUGUCAUGCCCGUCUCGCCCCCGGAGGAGCAGGCCAUGCCCAUCGGUCGAAUAGCAGACUGCAGGCUGCUGUGGGACUACGUCUACCAACUCCUCUCAGACAGCCGGUAUGAGAACUACAUCCGCUGGGAGGACACAGAGACCAAAGUCUUCCGUAUUAUGGACCCCAACGGCCUGGCUCGUCUCUGGGGGAACCACAAGAACAGGACCAAUAUGACGUACGAGAAGAUGUCGCGAGCACUGAGACACUACUAUAAACUGAACAUUAUCAGAAAAGAGCCAGGACAGAGACUCUUAUUCAGGUUCAUGAAAACCCCAGAUGAGAUUAUGAGUGGGCAAACUGACAGGCUGGAGCAUAUAGAGUCUGACACAGAUGAUCAAAUCUACAUUAAAGAGGAAUGCUGAGACCUCUGGGAGCUCACUAAGGUCAUGAACUUACUAGCCACUGAUGCCUUUCAGAAGGCAGCUUGAACAAUCCUUUCAAACUCCGAGCCUCCAGAUGCUCACUCUAUCCAAAACUCAGAUGGACUCGAAGGUGAAGUCCCUGGACUGCCUUUAAAACUUUAUACAUUUGUAUUUUCAAUUGUUUUAUUUCUUAAUAAAAGACAUUCAGUGGACCCCGGGCAAAAAGUAUAUCUCAUGAGACUUUAAGGAUUUAAAAACAUUUUCUUCUGGAUUUAAAAACAUUGUCACAGAAAAUCAAGUCAUGACAUACAUUGUUGAUUUCUCUCCCCUAUUGUGCAUUAAAUGAAAUUAAUUGAUUUAAUUUUUGCAAAUAAAGGGAGGUGUAGAUGGAGCCUUUUCACCAGUGAAUAAAACUUGUUGAUCAAUU